CAUCUCUCAUUGUCUCUCGUGUGUCCUUCUACCGCCCUGUGUUUGUGGCGCUCCCUCCCCUCUGGACUCGGUCUCCUGUCUUUCGCUCCCGAAAGUACCACAUUCUUUUAUCACCUUCGCACACUCUCAGCUCUUGCAGCUCUAGGUCUCCUGCCGCUUGCAGGUCCUACCACAACGAAAUCGCAAAAGACACUCUUUCACACAUUCGCGUAACACCAACAGCCACGAUGCCUUCUCUCGGUGUCACCUUCUCGCUCCUCAGCGUAGCCAUGCAAAUGGCCGCUGCCGCUCCUUGGUCGCAAUACAACGAGGGGCACAACACGGUUAACCAGAACACCAACAAUCUCGUUGAUGCAAGCGGACUGGACGUUGACGUUGACGUGCUCAAGCGCAACCGAUGGAACCAGAAGUCCUGCUACCGCUACUUCCACUCGUACAACGGUGGACACAACACUGUCAACGAGAACAAGAAUAGUCUAGUCGACCUGAGCGGUCUCACCAUUGACGCGGACGUUCUAGACCUUGACACCAACAAGUACAGGCGCUACCGCAUUCCGCAGGAAUGCCACACAUAUGUGAAAUCGUACAACGGUGGCCACAACACCUUCAACUCCAACGAAAACUCGCUCAUCGAUGCCAGCGGCUUGAACGUUGGCGUGGAUGCUCUGCGUCGCAACGCUCACUCGUACCAGUCUUACAAUGGUGGCCACAACACAUUCAACGAGAACAAGAACGGCCUCAUCGACGCGAGUGGCAUCGAUGUCGAUGUCGACGCCCUCGACGGUGACAUUGUCCGUCGUAAUGCUCGUUCGUACAAGUCCUACAACGGUGGCUACAACACGGUCAACGAGAACAAGAACGGCCUCAUCGAUCUUAGCGACCUGGAUGUCUUUGCCGACGUGCUCAAGCGCUCUGUCCACACUUAUGACGGUGGCUACGACACCAUCAACGAAAACAGCAACAAGGUCGUUGAUUUGUCGAAUCUCGGUGUCUUUGCCGACAUUCUCAAGCGUUCAGUCCGCGAGUGGAACGGUGGUCACAACACAUUCAAAUCUAACGAGAACUCUCUGAUCGACCUUAAGAACCUCGACGUGUUUGCUGACGUCCUCAAGCGCAGCUACAACGACCAGGACUGCAUUUGCCGCCCUAAGCCCAAGGCCUCCAGUUGUGGAUCCAACGGCUACACGCCUCCUCGCCUCCAGUUUCCCAGCCCUUCCCGCCACGUCCCGACCCACACGCCGUCCCCGACUUCAUCUCAUCACCACCGUCCCAGCGCGAGACCCGGCCGUGGUCAAUGCAGAUCUGGUUACACGUACAUCAACAAGGGUCACAACGUCAUCAACUCGAACAAGAACUCGCUCAUCGACCUCUCGAGCCUGACGAUCGACAUCGACAUCCUCGGCGUCGACGGUGGCAAGCAGAGGAAGUCCGUCAAUGGUAACUACAAGUGCGACUCCGAGUACGGCUGCUGCGGAUACCAGGCUCCUUCAUGUGGCUCGGGCUACACCUACGUCAACGAAGGCCACAACGUCUACAACUCGAACAAGAACACCGGCGUUGACCUUUCCAACCUCUCGCUCAAUAUCGACAUCCUCGGACUCGGCUCAGACCGCCAGAGCCGCAAAGAGUCCAACCCCAACUACAAGUGCCAGAGCAAAUGGGGAUGCUGUGUCGCGCCCACCAGGGGUCACGGCUCGUGCUCAUCGGGCUACACAUACAUCAACAAGGGGCACAACGUCAUCAACUCGAACAAGAACUCGCUCAUCGACCUCUCGAACCUGACGGUCGACAUCGACAUCCUCGGCGUUGACGGUGGCAAGCAGAGGAAGUCCGUCAAUGGUAACUACAAGUGCAACUCCGAGUACGGCUGCUGCGGACACCAGGCUCCUUCAUGUGGCUCGGGCUACACCUACGUUAACAAGGGCCACAACGUUGUCAACUCGAACAAGAACAGCCUCCUUGACCUCAGCAACAUCACCGUCGACCUCGACGUCCUCAACCUCGGCGGCGACCGGGAUAGCAAGAAGGUGAAGGGCUCCUCCACCUGCUCCUCCCAGUGGGGCUGCUGCGUUAGCACCAAGACCUACAACGGUGGGCACAACACUGUGAACAAGAACGAAAACUCACUCGUCAAUGCUUCGGGCCUCAACCUCGGCGUCGGGCUGCUCAACCUCUGAGAAGCCAAAGACUGUAUCGCCGCCGCCCAGCUCCCCUCUCCAUCGCUCGCAGUGCCACGCGUUUUCGUCGGCGCUUAUACCCAGCAUUUCCCCCCAACCUAGCCUCGAGGGCGUCAGCAGCGGCAGCGGCAUGCAUGCAUCCUUCCCCCAGCCUUUCAUCUUUUCACCCAGUCCGGCUCCCCCCGUUUUAGAGCUAUCCCCAUUCGCCUCGUCGUAUGGUUCU